UAAAAAUGGCUAGUUUAUGUGUUCACUACGUGUUUGCCUUGGGUUUGCUUGCCAGCUUUUUUAACUCGGUGCAUUGUAUAGUUACUCCCCCUAAUGAUGAACCAGUAAUGUUUGUGUUUGGAGACUCGUUGUAUGAUGCUGGCAACAAUAACUACAUUAACACUACCAAUGAUUUCAAGGCUAAUUUUCGACCAUAUGGCGAAACAUCUUUUCCUGACCCUACUGGCAGGUUUGCAGAUGGUCUCCUCAUUCCUGAUCAUAUUGCCAAGUUUGCAAACAAGCCUGAAUUCGUUAAGCCAUAUCUCGCAAUCAAGAAACAGAACGGUCGAUUUAGCAAUGGCGUCAACUUUGCAUCAGCCGGUGCCGGUAGUCUUGAUGGAACCAAUGCAGGCCUGGUAAUUUCUUUAAAACCACAGCUGGGAUAUUUCAAGAAAGUCUCACAACAACUGAAGCAGGAGAUGGGGAUUAUCAAGUCAAAACGACUGCUCUCUAAUGCUGUCUACAUGUUUAGCAUUGGCAGUAACGACUAUAGCACUUUCAUAACCAACUCCACCCUUCUAAAUUCAUAUACCCCGAAUCAAUACGUAGAUAUGGUGGUUGGUAACAUGUCAACUGUUUUCCAGGAAAUAUACAAGGAAGGAGGAAGGAAAUUCGCUAUUCUUUCGGUGGGUGCUAUAGGAUGUGUACCAUCUGCUAGGGCUGCCAACUUCCAACCUGGCAGUAGUGAAUGUUUGGAGAUUCUUCAAACCUUGGCCAAAUCGCAUAAUGAGGCUCUACAAAAACUGCUCAAAAAUUUAGCCACGAAAUUACGAGGAUUCAAGUAUUCCUACUUUGAUUAUUUCCAAUCUGCCAUAGAUACAAUUAGUAAUCCAUCUGCUAAUGGUUUCACAGAGGUGAAAGAUGCAUGUUGUGGCAGUGGUAAAUUUCGAGGAGAUCCAAGUUGUGGAGGACAAAGAGGAAUGACAGUUUUUGAGUUAUGCCCAGAUGUCAACAACUUUUUGUUUUGGGACUACAAUCAUCCCACUGAGAAGGCCAACAAGCUUUCCGCUACACUGAUGUGGGAUACAAGCCCCUAUGUUACACCUAACAAUGUCAAGUCCUUCUUUCAAUCCUAGUAAUCCAAUAAAUAAAUAUGCGACUGGAAUCGCUAGUUAAUUAGCGGUUCAAUACUUCGAGUGGUUAAUUAUGAUAAUAAAUAAGAGGUUGAGUAAUAUGUACACCUCCUGAUCGUAUUUGUGCUUAUUAUAAUUGUUGAAGAAUAUGUACACCUACGUUAUAUAAAGAAUGAUCAUGUUUGUGCUUAUUAUAAUUGUUGAAGAAUAUGUACACCUACGUUAUACAAA